AUGCAUUUGUCACAGGAAGCCCCAUCAAACCCUGGGGCCUUUGUUGGACCUCUCCAUCUGCCCAGUUCCCGGGAGGUAGAUAGCUCCAGGAAGAGGUCCAGUCAGCCCUGGGUGCCAGGCCAGGACUGGAUAAAGCUAGAAAGAGACACCACAGAAGAGAAGGUGUUUGAACCAAUCGAACCUGUACAGAAGACGCUCCCAUGGGUGGGCGAGGUAGCCGCCACCCUGCAGGAAGCCAUGAAGAGAGAUUGCUGGUGGGAGGCAUGGGUGAAGAAGAAGCCAGUCACCUUUGAGGAUGUGGCAGUGAAUUUCACCCAGGAAGAGUGGGACUUCCUAGAUGCCAGCCAGAGGGUCCUUUACCAGGAUGUUAUGUCGGAAACCUUUAAGAACCUAGCAUCUGUGGCCAGAAUGUUUCUGCAUAAGCCAGAGCUAAUCACCAAGCUUGAGCAACAAGAGAAACAGUGGAGAGUGUUUCUCCAUCUCCCAAACACAGAAGGCCUUUCAGAAGGCAAGAAGAAAGAGCUUCGAGAACAAGAUCCCAGUCUGAGAGAUGAGGGGACCAGUGAGGACAAGGUCUUCCUUGCAUGCAGAGGGACCCUCUCUGCCCCAGCUGGGUCUAUGGACAGGACCCGGGUGCUUCAAGCAUCACGGGGUGGGCCACCUUUUUUUUGCCACACCUGUGGCAAGUGUUUCAGUAGGCGCUCCUACCUCUAUAGCCACCAGUUUGUUCACAAUCCCAAGCGGACUAAUAGCUGCAGCCAGUGUGGGAAGCUGUUUCGGAGUCCCAAGUCCCUCAGCUAUCACAGACGCAUGCAUCUUGGGGAGAGGCCCUUCUGUUGCACGCUCUGUGACAAGACCUACUGUGAUGCUUCCGGACUAAGUCGUCACCGCCGCGUCCAUCUGGGUUAUCGGCCCCAUUCAUGUUCCGUGUGUGGCAAGAGCUUCCGCGACCAGUCUGAGCUCAAACGCCACCAGAGGAUACACCAAAACCAGGAGCCAGUGGAUGGAAACCAAGAGUGUACUUUGAGGACUCCAGGCACCCCUGCUGAAUUCCAGACACCCAUCGCCAGAAGCCAGAGGUCCAUCCAGGGACUUGUGGAUGUGGACCAUGCACCAGGGCCCAGGUCCCAGGAAUCCACAUUUAGAACUGAGGGCCCUAUGGUCCAGAACCAGCCAUCUAUGCUGAAGAACCAAGCGCCUGUGACCAGAACCCAGGCACCAAUCACUGGAACCCCCUGUCAGGAUGACAGAUCCAGUUCUCAUCCAGUGAAGCCCUCAAGACUCCAUGUCUUCUCUUGCUCCCAUUGUCCUUUGACUUUUAGCAAGAAGUCCUCUCUCCACAGCCACCAGAAGACCCACCUCACAGAGCCACCCAACUAUUGCUUCCAUUGUGGCAAGUCUUCCAGCUCAUUAUCCAAGCUGGUCAGACACCAGCAGCAGACCCACUGGAAGCAGAAGAGCUACCGUUGCCCUAUCUGCGACCUCUGCUUUAGGGAGAAAGAGGGCCUUAUGGGUCACUGGAGGGGCUCUAAAGGCAAGGAACUGUGCCCGGACAGCCACUGUAAAUGCCGGGUGAUCCUGGGCCAGUGGCUUGGCUUCUCUCAUGAUGCCCUCACUGUGGCUGGGGAGGAACGGAAGCAUGGAGGUGAUGGGUCUCCCCCAGGAUCUAUACCCCCAGGAGAAGAGGCUUAAGGGAGAGGGCAUGCAAAGGAGACAAAACAAAGGAGGCAGUGAGCAUCUUGAAACAUAAAUAAAUGGCAUUUCUGCCUGAGA